AUCUAUUCAUUUCGUAUCACAACGGCGCGCCAUAGUAAGAGACCUUCUCAGAAGUAUUUAAAAAUGAGUUCCCUUUUAAACAAAGUCGUGAUUAUUACAGGUGCUAGUUCAGGAAUAGGAGCUGCUACUGCUCUUGAAUUUGCAAAAACUGGUGCAAAGUUGGUUUUGGCCGCAAGGAAUGUAGAGAGACUUAACGAUGUAGCCAGUCAGUGUUCAGCAAAGGGGCUACCACAGGAUAAGAUAUUUGUAAAAGGUUGUGAUAUCACAGACGAAGAAAACUUGAAAAGUUUGAUUGAUUCAACAGUGAAAAAAUACGGUCAAAUCGACGUACUGGUCAAUAAUGCUGGCAGUGGUAAGUACGUCCCUUUUCUCGAGACGUCGACGGAAGUGUUCGAUGAUAUCUUCAACAUCAAUGUUCGGGCACCGUUCUUACUGACACAAUUGUGCAUCCCACACUUGAAGACUACACAAGGGUGUGUUGUGAAUGUUUCCAGUAUUUCUGGACAAAGAUCAUUUCCGCUGGCAAUGUCAUACUGUAUGAGUAAAGCAGCUUUGGACCACUUUACCAGGACUCUGGCUAUUGAUUUGGCCAAGGAAAAGGUUCGGGUCAAUUCCGUCAAUCCUGGAGUUGUAAUAACGGAAUUUCAGAGGCGAGCAGGAAUGACAGAGGAAGCUUACAAUAAGUAUUUAGAAAAGCAGAAGGAAUUACAGCCACUGACAGCAGCCAUAGAACCAGAAGAGGUUGCCAAGGUGAUCCUGUUUCUAGCCUCGGACCAGUCAUCCUCGGUCACGGGAGAACUUAUAUUUGUGGAUGGAGGGCGUCAUGCCAAGGCGCCUGUAUAAGGAAACAGUGCCAUAAACUAUGAAUAACUGAUAAUACAAUGUAUUAUCAAAAUUUCAAUUACAUUCUUUGUGUUGUAAUCAGAAUCAAAUAUGUAUGAUUGAUGGCGUCUUCAGUAAUUUGACCUUAACUAUAUUUAGCUUACAUUUGUAUUGCUGGCAAUAGGAUGAUGUAAUGAGAUUGUAAUAACGUUAAUAUAUGUAUUGUUUUCGAGGCAGUUGAUUUCUUAGGGGGGGGGGGGGUUCUUAUUAACACCUUUAAACUUCGCAUAUAGUAAACAUUGUUAUAAACAGCCAAUGAAAAGUUAUUAAUAAAGUAUUACAUCAUUU